GAAGUCAACUACCACCACGCGUAAACUUCACUUGUUGUCCCUCAGACUCGGUCACUCUCAGCUCCACACAUUGUGACACUCCAUUACUCCUCCUUCCCCCAACCUACAAAGGGCCAAUAACCACCGUCCUGGGCGGUCGCCGCCGUUAACCAUCUAUCUUGUUCCCCGGAAAACCAGCUAAAUAAUGUUGAGAGACGUGUCAGCUUGCAAUACAUACAAUUACGGGGACGCCCUUUAUUGGGAUGCACGGUAUUUACAAGAAGCAGGGUGUGGUUCCUUUGAUUGGUAUCAGCGUUACUCUGCUCUCCGCCCUUUUGUUCGAAAUUAUGUUCCUGCAUCCUCUAGGAUCCUCAUGGUUGGCUGUGGCAAUGCUGUGAUGUCGGAGGACAUGGUUAAGGAUGGUUAUGAAGAAAUAGUGAAUGUCGAUAUAUCAACAGUGGCUAUUGACAUGAUGAGAAGGAAGUAUGAGCACGUUCCGCAGUUGAAAUACAUGCAAAUGGAUGUCAGAGAUAUGAGCUUCUUUCCUGAUGAAUCAUUUGACGCUGUCAUUGAUAAGGGAACCCUCGACUCAUUAAUGUGUGGUGCCAAUGCUCCAUUGUGUGCUGGACAAAUGCUUGGAGAAGUGAGCAGGCUUCUCAAAAAUGGAGGUGUUUAUAUGUUGAUAACAUAUGGUGAUCCUACAGCAAGGAUGCCUCAUUUGAGUCGACCAGUAUUUAACUGGAAAAUUGAGUUAUACAUUAUACCUAGACCAGGAAUUCAAAAGCCUGGUGAUUCCUGUUCUAAUGUAAAGUCAUACUUGGAACCUAUUCCCCUAACCGAGAAGGGCCUACUUCCGGCAGAUUAUGUGAUGGAAGAUCCGGAUGCUCAUUUUAUAUACAUCUGUAAAAAAAUUGAUGAACGAGUGGAGCUGAGCGACAAAUCUGCGGAUCUUUGAUUGCUGAUUUACUACAGGAAUCACUUUAGACAGAACUGAGAAGCAUUGAUUCUUCAACUCUGGGUGUUCCAAGUUGGCAGAAACCAAGUAUGCUUACUGAAGCAUGUACUCUUGUUAUCUAGGCUUCUUGUGUGUCUUCUUUUUAUUGGAUUCAUACUUCAGUAAAGACUGUCUUGGUAGUGUGAGAAGGGAAGGAAGGAUUUUGUUUGUCUUCUCUUUUUCUUUUCCAUUCGUUAAUUCAGUGUUUUGUUUAUAACGAUGGUCUCGGGGCCAGUUUGAGUGCACCUGGACUAUUCCAGCGGGUACUUGCCUCCAGGACAUGUAUUUGGUAACUCUGCACACUAAAGCUUAGACAGAUGGCGAACGAAUAAUUAACCCUCUGGUUAAUCUUCACUUUUCUUACCUUCCAUUUUCUGGGUAGGAAACAGGUGACCUGAGAGGGGGAGAUGAAUUACCUGGCUCGAGCGUGCAUCAAACUUGUGCUAGGUGGUUAGGCUGUCAAUCUAUAUAAAAGACAACCUAUAGCUAUUAUCAGAAUAAACAAUUUGGCUUCAUAGAGUUGUGUGGGAACAGAUGAGAACUUAGAUUUGGUUCUGCACUACUCACAAGGCUCUUUGGUUUCAAUGCUGCUAUCGCGUACCUGCAUUUAGUUAUUGUUUGGUUGUUGAAUGUGUGUGAGGAUUAUUGUUAUGCUCUACAAUUUUGAUUUGUUCUCGACUUACUUUCA